AUGUCUGGGCUUCUCGACACCGACUCAGCCGUCGACCAACGGGCCGACAUCGACGUUCGACACGUCUUCCACCAUGGCCUCAACCUACCGGAAGAGCUCGAGAUGCUGCGCCACAAACUGCGCGUCCUCCAAGACGUCGUUGAUCACCACGGCCUGGCGUCGCGCGUAACCCCCUUCAUGUCCGACAUUGAAGAGGCUCGCGCGAUUCAGCACCGUUGCGAAUGCCUCGAGGCUGCUUACGCUGACCUUUUCUCUCCUUCUCUUUGCUCCCGCGAAAUAGACGUGGAUGCUGUCGAGCCCCUGAGAGGCUCUUCGCGAUCGGCGCCGCCAGGGUUCGGCUCUUGGCUGGACAAGCAUCUGGAGCUCCACGACCCUGUCCUCCGGGCCCAGCGGGAGUGCGGCAGCGAAGUUGUGUCCAGCGCUUAUCCGCUUCCCUCUCUAAAGUGCUGGGACGACCGGUGCAUCCACUACGUUUACGGUUUUCUCACCGAGCUUGAUCGGAGCAGCCACGCCCGAAUGCAUGCCUCUCACGCAAAGAGAGACUCGGAGCUCUCUGCCGCCAGUUCGUCGCUGUCCUCGUCGUCGGUUCUCGCCUCUGGACACGGUCCCUAUCUGUCCAAUGCCUCUGAACCGUUGGGCCCGUCGCCUCUCAUGCACCUUCCACGCCCCGCCCUGUCCUCCAAACUUCCUCCUCUCAGAAUCCCGACGCCGUCGACCGAACGGCGAGACUCGCUCAUAACCUACGCCUACUCCAGCCGCUCCGCCGCCCCGAGGAGCGCCGUCGACGCCGAUGUCGAGCCCCUCCUCCCGCCAUUGAAGAGGAGCAGGGUCGGCAGCUUGCCUCGUCUCGAGUCUAUCGGAGAGCUUCGUCUCUUCCACGACCAGCGGCCAUGCCUCCGCUGUAAAGUGAACAAGAAGGAGAAAUCAGCCGUGUUCAGCCUGCUCAAACCUACCAUUGAUAAGUUCCGAGGACCAUUGGGCCGUCAUUGGGUGCUACCGCAGUUCCCUCAGCGCUUUUACCGACUAUUUACUGCCAGGUAUAAACGAUUUGGUUUACUCUUCUUUUCUGUUUCCUUUCUUCGUAUGGCCUCGAUUUGCACCUUCAUGUUAACGUGUGUUUUUCCAGCGCACAUUGGUGAACAUGUUAGAACAUGUAUGGACUAUAGGGAUGCCUUUUGGUGGUCCGGACAGCAACAAUCUCAUAGAAGAUACGAUGGGCAUCACGAGACCCAACAGCUCACCCAGGAUAUGGUCAACCGCCCUCCACCUAUUCUCUGCGCCCUGGCUGCUAGCUGGAAUUGCCAGGAGACAUCAGCUAGCCCGCUCGAUCUUCUGAGAUAUACCGGAUAUAUAUCGCCCUCCCGCGAAGCCGAGGAAUCACAGUAUCCAGUUUUAUACCAUGCAAAGGUGCUGCUCCGCGAAACUGCAUUCUACUGCCUUUUCCAUCCCAAACCCGUCCUUCAGUUGGAUCCCAGCUUCGGAUAUCAGCCCCCAUCAGACCGCCUGGAUUUUACCGGAGAGCACAGCCGGCUUGUCGAACAGGCCAUGGUAUCAUUCUUGCAGUCCUUUGAGACCAUUUCUCUGAGAAAUUCUCCUCUUCACUCGAAGGAAUGGCUGGCCGUGUUUUACUCUUUGUGUAUUUUCAGCAUAAUUCGCACCUUGCUCAUGGACCUCGCUUCAAUAUCGUUGCUACCUUAUCCAGCGUUUCGACAUCAAAGUCCACUCAGAGACAGUCCCCAGAACACCAUAGACAGCGUGUACAAGGCCUUGGUCCACUUGUUCAUCACCAGUGGGCCGAUGUUGACAGAUGGCUCUCCUAGCGAUGUUCCACAGGAGGAUGUUCCCGUAUAUGAGCUCACUCGCCGUAUCAUGCGCAUGGAUACGUGGCAGGCCCGAAAUAUUCGCUCCAGUGCAGAUUUCCUCAUGAGUUUAGGAAGCGGAACUAAAGAUAUGUUUGGGUACAAUGGCUUCAUCCGCCCCGGACGGCCACACGUUGCUCCCAUCAAUGAUUCUCAGCUGUCAACUCCCCAGUCCAUCUCGGCCCGAGAGCCGCGGUGGUCAUCCGUGGGGAGCUCUGCAUUCCCUCCCGCGCCCUCCCAUAGAGAAAUACUACUUGGACCGCGUCCGGAGGCAUUGGACGAUGCCAACAUCAAUCGCGGAGGGGUUUCGUCUUCCUUGAGCCAGCCAGUCCCAGAACACGUCGGACGUGCCAGGAGGCACACGGUUGCGGGGGAGACCACGAACGCAUCGAGCCCAAUCUUCGGAAACCACUUGACCCCCAUGAGAUUCAAGCCUGCCUACCAAAGACCACCUCUUCGGCGCGUGUUUUGCCGCAAGUGUAAUGAAUAUCCCGAAGGAUUUCGCGGCGAGCACGAACUGAGACGCCAUACAGAUGCUAAACACGCAGCGUUAGUAAAACGAUGGGUUUGUUGCGAGCCUGGAGGACAAAGCCCAGCGUCGCCACAGCCUGCCAUUCCCCUUUCGAGCUGCAAGGCUUGCGUUAUGCAGAAGCACUAUGGCGCCUAUUAUAAUGCAGCGGCUCAUCUUCGACGAGCUCACUUCAACCCCCACCGCGGAGGCAAGGCCAGCGGGGAUUGGCCGCCCAUGUCCUUAUUGAAAGACUGGAUGCGCGAAGUUAGGCAAUCUGUGGCGGAGGUGGGCGGUGAUGUGGACAACGACAUGUCGAAUCAGGUGCCAUGGGAGAUGGUCUCGAGGAGCCCUGUCGGCCGGUUAGCGCCGCCGCCGCCGCCUCCUCCGCUGUCACUGCCGCCACCAUCGUCCCAGCCGCCGAUCCCACACCACCUAUCGAGGCCUAUACCAACACCGCCAGCACCUGAGAACCGUAGUAGAUGCCCGUUUCCCGAUUGCGGGCGCGUGUUCAAAGACCUGGCUGCUCAUAUGCUCACGCACCAGGAGGAGAGGCCUGAGAAAUGCCCCAUUGAAUCGUGCGAAUAUCACACCAAGGGCUUUGCUCGCAAGUACGACAAAAACCGACACGCGCUGACACAUUACCGAGGAACCAUGGUUUGCCCGUUUUGCCCGGGAGUCGGCUCAGCCUACGCAAAAGCAUUCAACCGGGCCGAUGUGUUUAAGCGCCAUCUUGCUGCAGCUCACCAGGUCGAACAGGCGCCUCUGCAUAGCCAUACGACCAACAGAGGUGGCCGGCUUAUUACACUUUCUGCUAACUCAGGGGCUAGCGCCAUAUGUUCCAUCUGCAACAACCGCUUUGCCGCACCGCAGGACUUUUAUGAGCACCUGGACGACUGCGUGCUUAGCGUCAUCGUUCCGGCGGGUACCCGAGCGGCCAUGGAAACGAAUAACGAUGCUAACGAAGAAGAUAAAAAGCCAAUACGAGGAGGAUCCGCUGGAGCCGGGGCCGGAGCCGGAGCCGGCCCCGGUACAACCGGAGAACGGACAGCUGGGAAUGGAAAUGGGAACGGGAAUGGGAACGGAAACGGGACAGGAACCAUUGAUGGUACACAGGGAAUGAUUUACAUAAGAAGAGCGAAAAAGUCUGCCCGGAUGGAAUAA